AUGCGCCUUUAUGCCAUUAUUCUGUCCCCUCUCAAGCAGUAAAUGAAGAGCAGGCAUUCUCCUUUGAUAGCUGAAAAUCCAAUAUUAUUACACAAUUCGAAAUUGCUUUUACAUCCGCUAUUCAGAUAGAUGGAGUUACACAAUACAUAACAUUCUCGCAGUGCUGCGGGGUUCGCAACAGGGCGAUUAGAACCCAAAACACGGUGGGUGGUGGAUUAGGAGGCUGUUUAUGUAGAGGGUCUUAGAAGACAAGGAAGAAAAAAAACUGAAAAAAAUAUUUUGACAACCUCCCUUUCCAAGCGGAAAGGGCUUUGGCUGCCCUCACCCUGACCAACCCGCAGACAGAAUGGCUCACCUCCGGGAUCUGCGGAACCAGAACUCGCGUCUGGACCCAGAGGAGUACUUCACCAAGCUGGAGCGCAUUGGGAAGGGCUCCUUCGGGGAGGUGUACAAGGGCAUCAACAACCGCACCAAGGAGGUGGUGGCCAUCAAGAUCAUCGACCUGGAGGAGGCCGAGGACGAGAUCGAGGACAUCCAGCAGGAGAUCACCGUGCUCAGCCAGUGCGACAGCCCCUUCGUCACCAAAUACUUUGGGGCCUACCUCAAGGGGACCAAGCUGUGGAUCAUCAUGGAGUACCUGGGAGGGGGUUCAGCUCUGGAUCUGCUGAGACCGGGCCCCCUGGAGGAGACUUACAUUGCCACCAUCCUACGGGAGAUCCUGAAGGGGUUGGAUUACCUUCACUCAGAACGGAAAAUCCACCGCGACAUCAAAGCUGCCAAUGUGCUGCUGUCAGAACAGGGUGAUGUCAAGUUGGCAGACUUUGGGGUGGCGGGACAGUUGACCGACACCCAAAUCAAGAGAAACACAUUUGUGGGUACACCCUUCUGGAUGGCGCCCGAGGUCAUCAAACAGUCGGCCUACGACUUCAAGGCGGACAUCUGGUCCCUGGGAAUCACCGCCAUCGAACUGGCCAAGGGGGAGCCCCCGAAUUCGGACCUGCACCCAAUGAGGGUGCUGUUCCUCAUCCCUAAAAACAACCCGCCUACCCUAGAGGGGACCUACAGCAAACCCUUCAAAGAGUUUGUGGAGGCCUGUCUCAAUAAAGACCCCCGCUUUAGACCCACUGCCAAGGAGCUGCUGAAGCACAAGUUCAUCACGCGCUACACCAAGAAAACGCCCUACCUGGCGGAGCUCAUCGACCGGUACCGCCGCUGGAAGUCCGAGGGCCACGGGGACGAGUCCAGCUCCGACGACUCGGACAUGGACGGAGAUGGCGACGACAGAGACCAGUGUCCGAUGUGGACCUUUCCGCCAACAGUGAGGCCCAGCUCCAUGAACAAGCUCCAGAAAGGCUUUGCCAACACGGACUCUGAGACGGCAGAGGCAGUAAAGAGACAACCCAAAUCCCAGUGUCUCUCAUCGCUGGUCACGCCCAUCUUCAGAGAGCUGAAGGAGAAGAGGCGGACGAACGGAGCGAGCGUAGGCGCCAUCGAGGAGCUAGAAAAUGCCUUCAGCCUCGCGGAGGAGUCCUGUCCGGGCAUCUCGGACCGCUUGGUCACACACAUGCUGGAGAGAGUGCGGAGGUUUUCACUGAACGGGAACACCACCCCCUCCUCUCGGUGAAAUCCACCAGCUGCUGCUCCACCCCCCCACCCCCCUCCCCGGGAGAGCCAACACCCCACCCCCAAUCCCCUCCUCCUCCUUCUUCCGGACCAGACACCUCCACCCUCCCCCUCCACACCCACCCCAGAGAUCUUUUAAUUAGAGGUUAAUUAAAUAUUUUUACAGUUUUCUUUAUCGAACGGAGAAUGUUUAAAAAAUGAAAAAGACUAUAAAAAAAAAGGUCACGGACGCUGUGCAUAACAAACUGUGUUAGAUUAUGUCAUGUACAAUAAAGUUUAUGGAAGCGUUGAAAUGGACGGCCUUGCAUCUGGACCGAGGGAGACAGGCGACCGGUAUAGAAGGGACACUGGACACAUCCAAGCCGGUAAGAGACGAUCCAGAGGAAGUUUCGACGUUUCAGUCAGUUUCAUUUUUUUCAUUUUUUAUUUGUUAUCUUUUCAGUCGUAACAUGGAAAACAAAACUACAUGCAGAGUUAACGGGAGCAGGACUCCGGCAACAUGCUACACAAUAAAUAGAGAAAAACAUUACAGAACGGAGUGAACAGAAAGGAAGGUCCCCCUGAAAGGGAGAAAAGAACAGUUGGGGGGGGGUGGGAAGGUGGAGGAGGGGGGGUGAAUGGGGUUACAGCAUGAGGCUUGGCCUUGCCCAGCCACAGAGAGAGAGAAUUCCAGUCCUUAUACUGCAAGUACUGUGUACUGUGAGUAUCCCCCAAACUUAAAACAGGACCAAGAUCACCAAGUUUAAAGAGGGGUCUGGCAGGUCUCUCUCACAUAGACACAACACACAGGUGUCCUCCAAGCAUCCAGGACUGCACUUGAAAUUAGACACAGGCAACCAUAUCUUCUAAAGCCAGAAAAAAAAAAAAAAAAGUUAUGACAAAAUUAGCAGAGUAUGGACUCCAGUUUAUAACCCAUGUCUCUUUGUAAGAAAUUCCCACAGCAGUCAUGUGAAAGCCCAGGUCCAAAACUUAAGUUAUAUACACCUCCCCACCCGUUCUCAGUUUACAUUUUUAAAAAUAAUAAAUUGUGGCUACACAGAAUGAGGACUGUCGGUAUGAAGUAAGACGCAGCUGACACUUGAGAGGCCCCCCUGCUUCAGGACACUCAACACUGCUAUGGUGACGUCAAGGAGCUAUACUCUAGCCAGGCCCAAACAGAGCCUCCCGCCAGAACGGACUGGCCAAAGUCAACUAAAUCUGACUUCCACAUGCCUAUUGUGAGUAUCAUAAUGGCCAACACCCCAGAUCAGAAGAAUUUUACAUGUAGGAAAACAUCCAGUUACUUAACCCCCCCGAGAGUGCAUCUCUAGGGCACGAACGGGAACAGGUGAGAAAAUAUAACGUUCACGCCAAGACAAUUCUUCCUUAUUAGUGUGGUUUCACUGAAAUAUAACCCUGAAAUGCAUGACAGUACAUGGCCAAGCCAAAUCUGCACUCGACAAAAAUUGUGGCAACAGUCUGGAAACUAACUACAGAAUGAGUACAAAACCGAAGACAUUGUGAACAGCCAAACAUUGACGUAAAUUAAAAAAGGUUUAGAAAUUCUGACCAUUAAAAAAAAAAAAGUUUUACCUUGGCCAGUCAUGGAAAUCCCAGAAUGCCUUUGGGUGAGAAGACCGUUUCCUUUUUCCAGUAAAUGCCUCACAGCUUGCAAGCUAAUGAGUCAAACUGAACAAAGCAGCUUAACUUUGAAAGCUUGUGUGAUUGACCACAUAAAUACUGAAUCCCUUUUCUUUCACAGAAAUCUCACAAUUGCUACUAAUCCAAAUUAUUUCAAAUGGUUAAAAAAAAAAAAUACAAA